AUGGCCGCCGCCACCGCAGCCGCCGUCUCCUCCCCGGCGGUCACCGCCCCCUUGCCUCGCGCCGCCUCGUCCGCGGCGCGCCGGGGCUUCGUCUCCUUCAGCGGGGCCGCCGCCCGUCCGUCCGCGCUCCGAUCCGACCGCCUCCGGGCAGCCGCCGCCGGCUUCUCCUCCGGUGUGCGCACCCACGUUGCUGCUGUUGAACAAGCAGUUGUGCAAGAUGCUACAGAGGUGGAAGCUCCAGUUGUUGUUGUUACGGGUGCUUCCAGAGGGAUUGGAAAAGCCGUUGCAUUGGCUCUUGGAAAAGCUGGCUGCAAGGUCCUAGUGAAUUAUGCACGAUCCUCGAAAGAGGCUGAAGCAGUCUCCGAAGAGAUUGAAGCAUCUGGUGGUCAGGCUAUUACCUUUGGAGGAGAUGUUUCUAAAGAAGCUGAUGUAGAAUCUAUGAUGAAAGCAGCUCUUGAUAAAUGGGGAACAAUUGACAUCCUGGUAAAUAAUGCAGGGAUUACGAGGGAUACAUUGUUGAUGAGGAUGAAGAAAUCUCAGUGGCAAGAUGUAAUUGAUCUAAAUCUUACUGGUGUUUUCCUCUGUACACAGGCUGCCACAAAAGUAAUGAUGAAGAAGAAAAAGGGAAGAGUCAUCAACAUAGCAUCAGUUGUUGGUCUUACUGGCAAUGCUGGCCAAGCUAAUUACAGUGCUGCCAAGGCUGGAGUCAUUGGUUUCACUAAAACAGUUGCUAGGGAAUAUGCAAGCAGGAAUAUCAAUGUGAAUGCAAUCGCACCUGGAUUCAUAGCAUCAGACAUGACCGCGGAACUUGGAGAGGAGGUUGAGAAGAGAAUCUUGUCGACUAUUCCCUUGGGGAGGUAUGGCCAGCCAGAGGAAGUUGCUGGGUUGGUUGAGUUCUUGGCCCUGAAUCCCGCGGCCAGCUACAUCACUGGACAGGUGCUUACCAUCGAUGGUGGGAUGGUAAUGUGA